GCACCGAGAAGCUUUGGAGAAAAAGUCCCCUGACCAUCCCAUCUUCUAUUCCCUCAUCGCAUCCUUGUCUUCGAUAGUCCUUGCUUUUGUUCAGAUCAAGCUUGUUGCGUCCAGCGCCUACCCUGUCCAUCUCCUGUCGGUUUUCCGCAUUCAGGGAGGCCACAGUCGUCCCUCAUUUAUCGCCCUUUUGUCGUACACGUGUCUGUGCCUGCGAACAUCGCUUUCCAUCGACCUGGCCCAACAAGAGGACAAAAAUGAGGUGCGCCAAAGCGUCAUAAUUCCAACAAGUCUGAGAUAAUCAUCAAUAAUGAACCAAAAUCCGGGAGACCACUGGCGCGGACCUGGGGGGCCCCCUCAGAGUGAGCCUCAGUCACAGGGAAGACCUUUUGCUAGCUUCGGUCCUAAUGGGCCUGCGCAACCUCCUCCGCAUGUCCUACCACCGCCGCCCUCGUCUUAUCAUCAGCAUCAUUCGCAGCCUUCUGCAAGCCACAGCCUGUCUAUCGCAGACUUGACUCAGGGCCCUCCAAAUCAUCAGCAGCAACAUCAGUAUAACACCCAGCCUCCGCCCCCGCAACCUCAAGGUCACCCUAUCGGUGGGCCGAUGGGACAUAACAUGCCCCAGCACUCACCUCCGUACCUCGGCCGUGACAGGGAGAUGAGAGAGCUCCGAGAGCGAGAAAUGAGGGAGCAUGAAAUGAGAGAAAGAGAGAUGCGCGAGCGUAACAACCUCGAGAUGCAGAGACAGAGAGAUGAAAUGAUCAUGCGUGAACGAGAGCGUGAGGCUCAGGAAAGGGAACAGAUGGAGCGCAUGCACCGAGAACAGCAGCAACAACAGCCGCAACAACAGCGCCCAGUGCAGAGUCAUGCCGGCUCGAUUCCUAUUCAUCAGCCCGUAGCCUCAAAGGUCCAAAACUCGAUUCAUGGUCCCAACGGCCUUCUGGCGAAUGGAGGUCCUGGCGUAUCCAAUGGCGGCAGCCUCUUCGGGGGACCCGGACAACAUGAAUCGCAGAGACCAUCCCAAUACAUGCAGCAGCCAGUGCCGGCGGCGCCUCCACAACCAGGUCAAUCGUUCAUGCCUGGUCCGUCUCCGAUGCCCGCUCCAGCACAACUAGCACACGGCCAACAACCCAUCUUGAAUGAUGCUUUAAGCUACCUUGACCAAGUCAAAGUACGCUUCAGUGAUCACCCAGAUGUGUAUAACAGGUUCUUGGACAUUAUGAAGGACUUCAAGAGCCAAGCGAUCGAUACGCCAGGAGUUAUUGAGCGUGUGUCAAAUCUCUUCAACGGCCAUCCCGCUCUGAUACAAGGAUUCAACACAUUUCUUCCACCGGGGUACCGUAUCGAAUGCGGGACUGAGGAGAAUCCGGACGCUAUCAGAGUCACGACUCCUAGCGGCACGAUGACUCAAUCUCUUCAGAGUAGAGGGCGCGCACCCUUUGAACCUGCCCCGCAACCUACAGCAGCUCGACAGGACACAUUUGAAAGCAGACAUGGAUGGGGACAGCCUCUUGGUGCUUCACCAGGUACGAGAUCGGCAGAACUACCCGGGUAUAAGCCCGGGCCUGGCGAAAGACCCAUUGAUGACGUCUCGAAUGCAAUCACUCAACAAGAACAACGUGGCGUCUCAACUUUGCAAAGUGCAGUCACUGCGGUGACAAACGGAGCCACGAGGCCAGCACUUGCCGUAUCACCUGGGCCAGGUCAAAGUGGCGCAUACCCUCAGCAGUCCGCCGGGUUCGGUGCUAAUGCGGGUAUUGGUGAAUUGAAGCGUGGAGGUCCGGUUGAAUUCAAUCACGCGAUCAGCUACGUGAAUAAAAUCAAGAACCGGUUUGCGCAACAGCCAGAAAUAUACAAGCAGUUCCUUGAGAUUCUGCAGACUUACCAGCGAGAGUCGAAACCAAUCCAGGACGUCUACGCUCAAGUCACCCAAUUAUUCAUCUCUGCCCCAGAUCUACUUGAGGAUUUCAAACAGUUCUUACCGGAGUCUGCCGCUCAGGGCAAGGCUCAGGCUGCCCGUGUCAUGAAUCAACAAGAAGAGACAAGUAAUGUUCGCGGCGAACCUGGAUAUGCAAAUGCUGCCAUUCCCCAAGCUCAAACUCCAAGGCCUGCCUCCAAAAUGCCGCCUAUGGGUCAGUUUGACCCUCCGAGCACGAGCAAAGACAAUAAAAAACGCCGUGGGGGACCUGGAGCCACACUUUCCAACCAACCGGCAACGCAGCCUCCUGUCGAUACUGGCGUCACUCAGGGUUCACGAGCUGCUCCGGUCCAGGUUGGCAAUGCUAGCAAACGCCCGAAACUGGCAACUCAGCGUCAGCCACAACCUGACAUGGUCGUCACUUCGCCAACUCUUGUGCCUCAGCUUCCUGAACCCCUGCCGCCCUUCCCAAACUCAUCCACCACUCAAGAGGAGCUCGCAUUUUUUGACCGCGCGAAGAAGCAGAUCGGUAAUCGUGCUAGUUAUGCCGAAUUUCUUAAACUCAUCAAUCUAUACUCUCAAGAUCUUAUCGACAAAUACACUUUGGGAGACAGAGUGGGGGCUUUCAUUGGCGGCAAUCCCGAUCUAAUGAAUUGGUUCAAAAACUUCCUCGGUAUCGAGGAUCAAGAGGAGGUGAUCGAAGCGCGCGUGCGGCCCGACCCUGGUCGCGUCAAUCUGUCUCAUUGCCGAGCCCUCGGACCUAGCUAUCGUCACCUGCCUAAGCGUGAUCAGGACAAACCUUGCAAAGGGCGAGAUGGAAUGUGUUAUGAAGUCCUCAAUGAUGUCUGGGCUUCCCACCCUACUUGGGCUUCUGAGGAUUCAGGCUUUGUUGCUCACCGCAAGAAUCAAUACGAGGAAGCUCUGCAUCGGAUCGAAGAAGAGCGCCAUGACUAUGACUUCCACAUCGAGUCGUGCCAGCGGACCAUUCAACUCAUGGAACCCAUUGUCCAGCAGAUCGGAGUCAUGAAUGAAGCGGAUCGAGCCGCUUUCGUCCUAGCACCGGGCCUGGGUGGCGCAAGCGAAGCCAUCCCCAAGCGCAUCAUUAUGAAAAUCUACGGUCGCGAGGCCGGCGCUACGGUCAUGCGAGAAAUGUUCAUGCGCCCUACCGCCGUGCUGCCGAUUGUUCUCGCAAGACUCAAACAGAAGCUUGAAGAGUGGAAGCAGGUGCAACGGGAAUGGGAAAAGGUCUGGCGCGAUCAGAUUCACAAACAAUUCUGGAGAAGCCUCGAUCAUCAGGGAAUCAACGCGAAGAAUCUCGACAAGAAGAACUUCCAGCAGAAAGCACUAACGAGCGAGAUACAGGCCAAAUACGAGGAAGCAAAGAAGAACCGUGACAAUGGCAUCGUCGGAAAGAGGCACCAACUCCAAUACACUUUCAAUGACUUGGACGUCAUCACCGACGCAACUCGGUUGAUACUGGUGUCCUUGGAUUCAGACCGACAACAGACCUUUAACAGCGGCGAGCAAGAACGAAUUCGAGGUUGGCUCGUUGACUUCCUCGUUCGGUUCUACGGUCUCGAUGGCGAGAAAUUUGUGGAGCAAACUGACAUUGUGUCAAUAAGACAACAUCACGAGCAAGACGAAGCUACUGAUGGCCAUGAUAGCGAUGCUCACCCACCAGCCAAGGGUAAGAACCAACGCAAGUCGGACUGGCUGAGGAGGUUGGCGCUUGAGAGGAGACACGGCAAGGAGGACAGCGUUGCUUCAGCAAGCAAGGAGUCGACCCCGGCACCGGGUGGCAGCAGCGAGAUGGAAGUCGAUGAAGAUGCCCCAGUGUCGGACGUCCCAGACGAGCCUCAACAGCCGUGGAUAAACGUCGCCAACAGCGACACAUCUGCCCGCCAUCUGGCCAUGGACGAGACAUACCCCCACACUACGUUCAAUCUCUAUGCAAACGCCAACAUUUAUUGCUUCUUCAGACUGUUUGAGAUGCUGUACAGCAGGUUGCUGGCGAUCAAGCUCAACGAGACGAAUGUCCAGGAAGCUGUUGCGAGACACAAGGGCCUCAAGGGAAGGAUCAAGCCUGCCAUCGAACUCCGCAUGAUCGACAAAGGACCAGACUAUUUCUUCUACAGUAUUGAAGGAAAGCAGAAUUACUACCAGCAGAUCUUACAACUAUGUCAAGAGGUCUUGGUUGGCACCGUCGAUCUCGCCCACCUUGAAGAGACUUUGAGGCGGUACUACAACAAGAGUGGCUGGCAGCUUUACACAAUUGACAGGCUCGUCUCGGCCAUCCUUCGAUUUAUUAUGAACAUUCUGGGCGGAGAUGCUAAGGACAAGAGCGUUGAGAUUACGAAUCUCUUCCUGCGAGAUCGAGAACGCCCCGAUACAACCCGGAAGCAGGAAAUUCAGUAUCGAAAGCAGGUGGAACGGUUGUCCAAGGACGCUGAGGUGUAUCGUAUCAGCUACACUCCUGAAGAUCGGCUUUGUACCAUACGCCUAUUCCCAUCGGAAGACGCUACUUUUGACAGUGACUCUCUCUCAGAUGAAGCUCGCUGGCAAUACUAUAUCGCAUCCUACACUAUGACAGACGCCACUGAAGGCGUCGAUCAAUCACGGAUGCACACUCCCUACCUGCGACGCAACAUUGCCCCCCAGAACGCGAACAUCGAAGCCGCUUAUCAAGAAGUAUACGGCAACCUUGAUCACAUUGAUGAGCAGACCGCCUUUAUUAGUCCUGAUUCUUACAAGCUUCUGCUGCAGGGUGAUUUUGGCUUCCUUCGCCGCAGCGCGCUUGAGAAGCCGCUGAGCAAAACAUAUGAAAAGGGCAAAAUUGAGGAGAGCGAGAGAUUCAGGGAAAAAUUUGUGCGCAAUACGGCGUGGAUGAGGGAUCAAAGAGCCGAAGAUGUUGAGCGCAGGAAGGCUGCAUGGGAGAGAGGUGUCCGGGAGGGAUUUAGCGGCUACGACAUUUAAGGCAGGUUCGAAUUCUUUGGCACGUGGAAGACGCAUACGAGGACACACGGAGGCGCAUGGCCAAGAGCACACUCUGGUGCACAGGUUUCUAUGUAAAGAUAUGGACGAGAAGGUUUUGGCUGAGACAGGUCGAAGGGCGCAGUCUCUACUGCCGAAAGGCUGGACGAAAAGUGGAACCUUGCAAGUACCGUGUAAAGUAAAUACGGAAGCUUGUUAUGCAACCUCCCAUUUCGCAGGCCAAGGUGGCAUUCGAAGAGCAACGGAUGCGAGGAAUCGUUGUCGCAAUGACGAAUUGAAGCAAGACUAGAGAACACGAAGCGGCAUAAGAAAAACAGCUGGCAAAUGAACUCCAGUGAGGAAUCUCUUUCACAGUCGAACGGAGAUGUGGUGCUUCUUUGUGUGAUCAU